AUGGAAAAAAACAAUUAAAUGCCUGAUUCUAUAAAGCAGUCCCAGAUAAAAAUAGAAGGUUAAGAAGAAAAUGAAAUAGAUUAUGAUGAUAGUUUUGAAUAAGUAGAGCCAGAUGAAGGAAUAUCUUAAGAUUUUAUAUAAAUUAUAAAUAAUAUUAGAAAAGAUCAAAAUGAUAUAAAAACAGAUUAAUGUAAAAUAAUAGAUAGAAAUGUUGAGCUUCAGGACUAAAUUGAAUUUUUGGAAAUAACAUUUUAAAAAAAGAUAUAGUCAAACAGAGAGAUAGGUUAAUUAGAAAAAGAAUUAGAAAUGAGAAAAAAAUCUAUUUUAGAUAUAUUUGAGAUAGAUGAUUUUAGUAUGCAUAUGUUCAAGUAGCAUAAUAAAAAUAAAUUUAAAGAUUUGCAAGAAGCAAUUAACUUUUUCUAAUUCCUUCAAUCUAAAUCGAUUAUUUAUAAAGAUUGGCAUACCUUUCAUUGUAGUUAAUGUAUGUAGUUUAUAACCAAGAACUAAAAUACUAUUCAAUAAUAAAUAAAAAACUACUUUAAUUUAGAAUAAUAAAUCAGUGAUAUCAAAAGUUGUAUAUGA